AAAUACCCCCCACCCGUCGACCAUCUUCCUACCGAACUUCUCCUCACCAUCUUUUCCAAUCUUUGUCCAGCAAUAUGGAGACACGUAACACCAAUUCGUUUCUUGCUCAUCUGCUCCCGCUGACGCACCAUCGCCUACGCCUUGUCCAAUUUCUGGUCGUCCAUCUUUAUUGGAGGUUGGUGCGACACCGAAAUUAUUGGCGCCUAUCUUACCCAUUCACAUCGCAAUGCGCUGGACAUUUCUAUGCACGUCCCCAACGAAGAAACGUUUAUGAAUGAGUGCUUCCAAAUGCCUGAACCAUCCGCGGAAGCAAAUCUGCAAUCGAUUCCCAAAGAGGUAUUCGCCGCUCGGUAUUUUCAAAUUUGGGGCGAACAAAAGGAAACAUUCACUUUCACUUCACCGCUUUUCAAUUCUGACCAGGCUACUAAUGACUUGAUGGUCACAGUGGAGAGACGAUCGUCUGCCUCGCAUCCAGGUCCUCAUAUGCUUUCGCACUACCAGAAAUGGAGAAGACACAAUUCACCCUCCGAAUCCUUCCAGACACACAUCGAGACCGACGAGUCAAUCCGCCUUACAGCAUCGACCCUCCGUGUACCAGAGAACCAGCACACGGACGCCUCUAUAGAAGUCCUUAUGAAGACAAGUGGUUCUGCCUCCUUCGGAUCAACCGUUGCGUUGCCCGGCAAUUAUGGGAGUAUUCGCGGCACUGCGUUCCCCGGCGUACUACGUGGAACUCAUCAGGCCUUGCAAGCGGUGCUGAAAUGUACGAUUCAAUCCGGUAUCAAGUAA